AUGGAUCCAAGCAGUGAGCUUAGUGGCUUCCCGCUGAUCAUGUGCUCGGACUGCGGUAUUGCUAGGGUGGUGGAGGGGCGGCCGAAGAAAGACAGCGAAAACCACGGCCGUCUGUACUUCAAAUGCGCGAGGAACGGGCGUAACGGCAUUAUCCUGGUUCGGCCGUCGAACUGGGAAGAGGUGAACAUGUCACAGGAAGAGGAAGUUGACAGUCCAAAUGGUGACAAGAGGGGUGACAAGAAGGGGACAGAAUUGGAGGAGAAGAUGGAGUCACUGAUUUGGCAGAUGAACAUGUUCAUUGCCUAUGUUGAAGUGACAAUGUAG